AUGCCGGCCAGCUACUCGAGUGCGCCCAUAUCUGGAUUCACUGGCCAUAUUCCUGGUGCUAAAUGGCAAGUUGGAAGCAGAUAUGUUCCACCAACACGAUCUCAGGCUUCUUCCCAUCCUCCUUUUGUUGCUUCUCACUCGGAACAUUCACAAAUGUCGAAUGGUGAUGUUGUUAGAGAACGAAGCUCGGAUCAUAUCCAUGACUCGGAAAAUGAGGUUAACGAGGAACAUCAUCGUAGCAAAGAAGGCAAAGAAGACAUGAAUUCUGAAAGUGGACAUCGUAGUGUUCAAUUCUCACCAGAUGGUGCUUCACGUCGUGGAUUUCUUGAAACGAAUGAACGUGUUCCCGUGAUGCCAUAUCCAGAAGAUUCCCAGCUUUCACUGCUUCGUCCGGGAAGCUCCGAAAUGUCCAUCAUUUACAAUAGUGAAGGAUUCCCAGUUCGAAUAAUUAAGAACAAUCAGGUUCUACACACGACCCAAAGUGAUGCACAUUCUGUUCAUGCUCUAAGCAGCCCAUCCAGUGAGCAUCUCCGUAAUGGAUUUCCACUUGAACGCAGUCCACAACCAACGACCAGACCUCCAUCCGUAAAACAACGAGCGAGAAGCUUACCCAGAAGAACCGUUGAAAAAGACCCAUUCGAAGGAUUAGAGGGUGGAUGGUGGAGUAAGGGUGAAGUACAGAGGAAUAAGGAACGAAGAGAUUUGGCAAAUAGUGGGAAAACGGUGGCUGGUGGAGAUUGGUCACAAAGACCUGAUACACCGAAGAGGCAUCGUCAAUCCAGGUGGCAACAAAGAGACGUGGAUAUGGAUGAUAUCCCUGCAGCCGGCUACAGUGGACAUAUGCCAGGCGAAGAGCAGAGGUAUGGAGCCGGAGAGGAGGACGCACUGGACGGGGGUGGGAUCUCCGUGAAGGGUCAUGAUGGCUGGCUAGGCACCGGCCAGUUCAUGCGUCAUGUUGUUCGACGACGUAGUGAUAUAGCUGGCCGAGCUGUGUGCUCGGUCAUUUCUAGGAUAUGCGACGACUCAGUAUUCUCUUCCUUAGUAAAUGUCUGGGCUCAAAUUACUGACUGUGUAUUGUGCGUACCCACAGUUCUCGUUCAGCUCAGAUAA